AUGACGUUGGUCGUCGGAGGCGAACGGGCGACGCGACGGGUGGCGUGGUGGCUCGGCGGAGGGUGCGCGUGGGUGUUCUCCAUGGUCGUCCUGGGAGGGAUGACGAGGCUGACGAGGAGCGGAUUGUCGAUGACGGAUUGGAAGUUUGAGUACGAGCAUCCACCGCUCACGGACGAGGAUUGGGCGAAAGAGUUUGAAAAGUACAAGCAAAGCCCAGAGUACAAGAAGUCGAACUUGGGGAUGACGGUGGAGGAGUACAAAUUUAUUUAUUGGAUGGAGUACGGGCACCGCAUGUGGGGGCGCGUUUUGGGGUUGUACUUCGUCGCCCCGCUCGCGUACUUUGCGUCGAAAGGGUACGUCACCUCGGCGUUGGCGAAGCGAUUGGGAGUCUUCUUCGUUCUCGGCGCGGCGCAAGGCAUGAUUGGCUGGUGGAUGGUGAAGAGCGGUCUCGAGGAGCAAGAGUUUUCGUACGACGUGCCGCGAGUGAGUCCGUAUCGACUCGCCACACACUUGACGGGAGCGUUUACCAUUUACACCGGUAUGCUUUGGACGACUUUGAACGUCAUCUAUCCCGUUUCGCCGAGUCAAAGCGCUGGAGCGAGCAAGGCGCUCAUCGACGCGACGAAGCGUUUGCAUCGCGUGGUGCACCCGCUCGCCGGUCUAAUCGGCGUGACGGCCAUCUCUGGAGCUUACGUCGCGGGCAUGGAUGCAGGUCGUGCUUACAACACAUUUCCUUUGAUGGGCGGACGCUGGAUUCCAGAAGAGUACCUCGACCAGUGGGAGCAGAAAGGCUGGAGAAAUUUCUUUGAAAACACCGCCGCGGUGCAGUUUGAUCAUCGCGUCCUCGCCUUGACCACCUUGGCGAGCGUAUCAGCCGUUUGGCUCGGUCAUCGAAAUUCUACCGCAUUGCAUCCGAGAACUAGAAUGCUUCUCCACGCCCUCCUCGCCACGACCGCGGGGCAGGUGACUCUCGGAGUCACCACGCUCCUUCAUCAUGUGCCCGUCGAGCUCGGCUCGGCGCACCAAGCGGGAGCGUUAACUCUGUUCACCGUUGUCUUAGCCUUAAUGCACUCCUUAAGAGGGCCUAAACGCUUGCGAAUUUAG